AUGGCUGUCAAGAAGGUCUUCGCCCGCUCCGUCUACGACUCCCGUGGAAACCCCACCGUCGAGGUUGAUGUCGUCACCGAGACUGGCCUCCACCGUGCCAUCGUUCCCUCCGGUGCAUCUACCGGUUCGUCCCGACCUCCCUCGGCUACUAUCCGUCAGCACGAGGCUUGCGAGCUCCGAGAUGGCGACAAGUCCAAGUGGGGUGGCAAGGGUGUCACCAAGGCCGUCGAGAACGUGAACACCGUCAUUGCUCCCGCUCUGAUCGAGAAGAACCUCGAUGUCAAGGACCAGUCCGCUGUCGAUGCUUUCCUUAACGAGCUCGAUGGUACUCCCAACAAGACCAAGCUCGGUGCCAACGCUAUUCUCGGCGUAUCCCUGGCCGUUGCCAAGGCUGGUGCUGCUGAGAAGGGCGUUCCUCUGUACGCUCACGUCUCCGACCUCGCCGGAACCAAGAAGCCUUAUGUCCUCCCCGUUCCCUUCAUGAACGUCCUCAACGGUGGCUCCCACGCUGGUGGCCGUCUCGCCUUCCAAGAGUUCAUGAUCGUCCCUACCGAGGCUCCCACUUUCACCGAGGCCAUGCGCCAGGGUGCUGAAGUCUACCAGGCCCUCAAGGGUCUGGCCAAGAAGCGAUAUGGCCAGUCCGCCGGCAACGUCGGUGAUGAGGGUGGUGUUGCUCCUGAUAUCCAGACUGCCGAGGAGGCCCUUGAGCUCAUCACCGAUGCCAUUGAGCAGGUUGGCUACACCGGCAAGAUCAAGAUCGCUAUGGAUGUUGCCUCCAGCGAGUUCUACAAGGUUGAUGAGAAGAAAUACGAUCUUGACUUCAAGAACCCCGAGUCUGACCCCACCAAGUGGAUCACAUACGAGGAGCUCGCCAACCUCUACUCCGAGCUCUGCAAGAAGUACCCUAUCGUCUCCAUCGAGGAUCCCUUCGCUGAGGACGACUGGGAGGCCUGGAGCUACUUCUCCAAGACCCAGGACAUCCAGAUUGUCGGUGAUGACCUGACUGUGACCAACCCUCUGCGAAUCAAGAAGGCCAUCGAGCUCAAGUCUUGCAACGCCCUCCUCCUCAAGGUCAACCAGAUUGGUACUCUGACCGAGUCCAUCCAGGCUGCCAAGGACUCCUACGCUGAUGGCUGGGGUGUCAUGGUCUCUCACCGUUCCGGCGAGACUGAGGAUGUCACCAUUGCUGACAUUGCCGUUGGUCUCCGUGCUGGUGAGAUCAAGACCGGUGCCCCUGCCCGAUCUGAGCGUCUCGCCAAGCUCAACCAGAUUCUCCGAAUUGAGGAGGAGCUUGGUGACCAGGCUAUUUACCCUGGUGCUAACUUCCGCAAGUCCGUUAACCUGUAAAUGGGGAUAGAUUGAUACGUGGAACAAAAGCCUUGUGAUGAUAAUGAUGCCUUUGGGUCUUCAGCCGGGAGCGCGUGAGGCCAUAUACCAGAACGGCAAACUGAAAGUAAUAGAGGCAAAAAUAGUAAAAGCAAACUGAUCAAUUAAUGAACCUUUGAUUGAAGUUCAACAAACUUAUUCCCCCCCGUGCAAAGACCUUUGUGCAUGUCCUGGAGUCGAGAAAUGGCUUUAUGUUUUCUGAUGACAAACCUCGACUGUAUAUCUGGCGUAAUCUGUGAGCAAAGCCAGGAAUUAGCUACAUAAAGUUAGAAUAUUAU